AUAUAAUAUGAGGGAGGAGAGAGAAGCGUCGAUACAGCAGCAGUAAGACCUCAUACUCUCUCUCAUUAUCUCACUACCAGUUUAUGUGUCUCACUCAUGGUAUCACUUACUUCAACUCUCAAACAAAGGUAUAACCUGGAGUGUGUUGGGUAGUAGCUUUGAUGUAGACACCGUAGAGGAACCUUUCAGUCUUGGCAGUUAAUUCCCGUGGUAAAUGCCAGACAGUAUGUGGCAUGAAGCAAGAAAGCAAGAACGUAAGAUACGUGGAAUGCUAGUUGACUACAAGCGUCGUGCUGAACGAAGACGAGAAUACUAUGAAAAAAUUAAACAGGAUCCUACUCAAUUUAUCCAGCUCCAUGGCCGUCCAGUUAAAAUUCACCUGGACCCAGCUGUGGCCUAUGCUGCUGAGGCUCCAGGCAGCAUGAUGCCUUGGCGUGGGGAUUCUGACUCCAUGAUAGAUCGUUUUGAUGUCCGUGCACACUUAGAUGACCUACCACCACUGUCAGCAUCAUCGCAGAAACUAACGGCAGAAGAAGAUUGGGAAGAGCGUCAAGCAAAUUAUGAACGUUACCGCAUACUUAUACAAAAUGAUUUCUUAGGCAUUAAAGAAGAGAAAUUCCUGCACCAAAUUCGCCUAGAGGAACAGUUUGGGCCUAUUGUUAAUAAACCAAUUGAAGAAGAAAAGAAAACUUUAGCUCCCAAAAAAGCAGCUAUUGCAUUUACUUACACGGAGGAAGCAGAAGAGGAGGAGGAGGAGAGACCCGGCUCUUCAAAUGCAGAUUCUGUUUUGCCAGAGGGUGGAGAUGAAGUAGCAGGUGAAGGCUCCGAUGAUGAAAGUGACAGUGAUAUUGACCUGGAUUUGACAGUUGAUGUGAUGUCGUUGUCCAACACUCAGCAACAGGAGAUGAACAUAUCUGGUGUUGAGUAUGGUCUGAAUCAAGAUGAUUUCAUGUCUCUUAUUAGCCGUGACCUUCAGGAAGCAGAAGAAUUGAGAGUGGCCAAAGAACACGAGGAUGAAAAGGCCAUGUACUCGGGUCGUAAAUCUCGAAAAGAGAGACGGGCAUUGAAGAAAAAACACAUGGACCGAAAAUUCAGCCCACCAAGUUACGCUGCCCGAGCCAGUCCAACAUAUGCACCAUAUCGGAGGUCUUCUUCACGCUCAAAGUCCCGCUCUCCUACGCCUCCUGCAACUGGGACAAUAAAGUUUAUUACAAGCUUUGGAGGAGAAUCUGAUGGUGCAGGAACAGAUGAUGAGGGUGUUACUGGUGUCAUUAUUUUGCCAAAGGGGGAUCGUGCAGUUCGUGAUCGGCGUAAGAAUCGCUGGGAUCAGAAGUCCCGUGAAAGUGGAGGAGGGAGUCAUCACCGUUCUGGAAGUACAGGGCCCAGCAGUAGCAGCCACACUACCGCCUCCAGCCACUCUUCAUCCUCAAAGAAACGACGUCACUCACCUCGCAGCCGGUCUCGUUCUCGGAGUGGAUCUAGCAGUCGAUCUCAUCGUCGGCAGAGGUCACGUCAUUCCCGAUCUCACUCUCGACAUUCCCGUUCCCACUCCCAUACUAGGCAUUCAAGAUACACCAAGUCACACAGCAAGUCACCCUCUAGAUCAAGAUCACGUGACAGGCAUUACAGUUGGAGAAGAGGUCGAGGUUCUCAUAGACGCUCGCAUAGUCAGUCAAAAUCACACAGCCGAUCAAAGAGUGCUGACAAAAAGACUCCUUCCCCACCUAAGACAAGUGGAAACCAGGCUGCUGUUGCAGUUCAGCAUGUAGGUGGUGUAGGAACACCAGAGCCACCUGCAAAACUGCCAUCACCACCAUGCCGUCGCUACUAUGGUCGGCGUGGACAAGGCAGUAAUUCAGAGUCUGCCUCUGAAUCUGAAUCAGAGACCAAGUCUACCAGCAGUGCCAACACUCUGCAGAACUCUGCUAAUACAAAUAUCAAAACUAACAAUUUGGUGCCCCCAACAUCAGUGGGUAAUGGGUCCUCUGCCGCCAAAGAUGGUCCCAAAUUAACUCCCCAGGAAAGGCUGAAAAGAAAAACGCAGGCUCUACUGAAGAAGCAGUUCAAGGCUGACAAAAGGCUUGAAAGAGAGCGAGCAGAAAAGGCAGAGCAAGAGCGUCAGGAUAGAGAAGAAGAAUUAAGAGAAAUGGCCAUCAGGCUAAGACGGAGGGAGCGGGAAAAGAGGCAUCGGCUUCAAGAAGGAGAUUCAAGCUCUGAUGGAUCAAGGUCUCAUUCAGGCUCUGCUUCCCGAUCUGUGUCCCGCUCAAGGUCUAGGUCAAAAUCAAGACAAAGGUCGAAAUCUCGUCAAAGGUCGAAAUCUCAUCAGAGAUCAAAAUCUCGGUCAAAAUCCCCUUUACAUCCAAAGCAGACUACGUCGGGCAGAUGGGCUGGUGAUACUAUUCGUGGCAGGGAACGCAAUCCCUCUGCUGACUGGAAUAGGGACACCCAACAUCGUCAGUGGAAUUCUUCUCACUGGGAUCCUCCUCCCGAGAGAUAUCGCGAGUCAUAUAGGAGGAGAUCAAAAUCGCACAGCCCUGGAGUGAGAUGGGAUCGUGACAGAGACCGUUAUCCUGGUAACAGAAGAAGUCGUAGCAGAAGCAGAGGUAGGGAAUAUAACUCCAGUAGUAAUAGUGCAACAAAUGCUGGUACCAGCUUCAGGAGAAAGAAAUUUCGGGAUCAGGAGAGAGAAAGAGAUUGGGAUCGGCCAGAGCAAGACGUGCAAGUGUUCAGAGAUUAUCAACAUGGCUAUGUAAGAGAUUACCAGCAUGGCUACCAAAGGGAUUACCAGCAUCGUAGUUAUCACAGAGAUAACCCACAGAGAGAAGGCCAGCAAAGAGACUACAGGGAGCGUUAUCAAAGGGAUUACAAUACACAAGCAAACAGAAGACAACAGCAUGGACAGAAUUUUAAUGAAGAAGACAGAGAUGAUUGGGGACGAAUUGGUAGAAUUCGGUUAGUGGACUAUUGAUGACUAAAUUUGUACGAAGAACUGACUAAGCAGGUAUAAGAAUGUAAAAAAAAAAGUAGUAUCUUGAGAAUAGUUAUCUUUUUGUGUAGUUAUCUUCUUUGACACAUUAACACUGAAAGCCAGUGAAGAAUUUGUAUUUUUAUAUUUUUUACAUGUGUCAUCUGGAAAAAUAAUACAGCACCUGCAUUUCAUUAAUAGGAUGAUUAUAUGAUGCAAAUUGUCAAACAUCUUAGAUUGUUUAGUUUGCUCUCUGCAAUUGCUAGUAUUGAAUCAAAGUAAUGGCAACUAUUGAAAUUUUUUCAAUGUGAGGUACUGCAAUUUGUAUCAUAGGCAUUUGACCCCUUGUUAUCCCUUGGUUGAAGAGUAAAGGAAGAUUAAUCUUCCAACUUAAUGGGUCAUGUUUGGCUACAUUCACUGCAGAACCAUUUACAUUUUUAUAUGAUGCUAAACCUUACAUUUUUCUUUCGUUAUUUUCUCCUUUACCUUCUGUCAGUUUUUUUUUUACCCUUUUGUGUAAAAUUUCUAAAUAUCAUUCAUUCCUUUCAGGCAUAUCUGCCAUUCCUUAAUGUGUCAUUCAAACCAAGCCUUGGAGAAGACAAGUGCCUGAACAAUUUGAAAGAUUGUAAAUAUUCCACCCAGUUAUUAAAAUUAGCAGUAGGUGUCCACAAAUAUUACAUUACUGCAGAAAACAGUUCUUGAAAGUUUGUGCGAGUUCAAGUUCAGUGCUCCUAUGAUAAACCAGAAGUUGCAUAUAUCUCACGGUUUAAAAGUUCAUUGUUUUAAAUAUCCCAAGGAGUGAGUAGAGAGAUUUUCACUUUCAUUCCAGUCUUAUAAACAGCUUUUUCAGAAAUGUCAGAACAUGAUUCAAGACACAGUAAACAUUACAAAAUUAAUUUUCUUCCCGACAUAAAUCCACUUUUAAUAUAAAUCUAUGUUCCUAUUAUGUGCAUCACAGUUUAAAAAUAUAUAGUGAUAACCACUUCA